GGAAUGUCAUUCGCAAAGUCACACAACUGGUUUUUGCAUUCCAGCGGUUCCAAUGGCGUAUAGAGUUUGCAGUGUUAGUCUUGGCUUGAUAACACGGGUCCUGCUUGUUUGCGGGUUACCGCGCGGCUGUUGGGUCCUCGUGCCCACCCGGACGUUUUACCCUUCAGCCUGCGCCCCGCGCCUGCUCUCAUCCUUGCAGCGGCCACUUAUUGGCACACAACCAAGAGGAGGUGUUUGAAGCAUUGGAAUCCAACCCGGCGUACCAUAGGUCUGCCUGUGCUCCAGCAGAAGCAGCACAGAACUCAACCCAGCCGGUGAAUGAGGCGGCUUCAGACCCCCGCGCCCACCACCGGCACAAUCACCACCACAGCCACCACAGUCCCGAUCCAUCACCGCUGCAACCAGGCUAUGAAGCUGUGGUGCCGCCUCGUACGGGAGCUGCUGCGCGGCCUUUCUCGGCUCGAGGGGCCGAACCCCUCUCCGCGCUAGAGCAGGCGUGGGGGGCUGCGCGCUCAGGGAUACCAGCCAGUCCCUCCUCCUCAGCCAUUACGCAGGACCCGACUAGUAAGGCAAUACCACCAUCAGCAUCUGCAUCAGAAGUGGCAUCUAGAGCGGUGGGCGUGCGGCGGCCAGCCUCAGCCCAGGGUCCGGCGCUGUUCUUCACUUCGCCGCAUGCGGCCAUGGACCCAAAGAACUGGACGAUGGACCAACCUGGCAGCAGACUGUCAGCGGCUGCAGCUGAGCCUGGCAAUCCACGCACAAGCAGUCAGGGCUCUUUCUCCUUCGGCGACACGCAUCCGGGCAGCAGCACCAGUGCACCGCGUGCGCUGCCUCACCGGGUGCACAGCGCGAACGCCCGCAGUGAGGCCCAGUCAGCCAGCAACAAGAGCGCUGGGGGCUCGAGGGAAGGCGGCUCAAGCUCGCGGCAGAUGCAGGCCACAGUGUCGUCAUCCGCUUUGGGCUCGGCUAUUGCGGCGGCGUGGCGUGACGGGCUGCUCGGCGGUGACGAGGACCAGGGCCCGCAUCCGGACCCGGUUUUGCAUGGCGCCGAGGGUGACGCAUCCACUGCAGACCGUGGGGAGGAGCCCGACCAGCCAUCAGUCACCUGGCAGGCUAGCUAUGGCAGCCGCGGCAGCGGCGGCAGCGGCGGCAGCCGCGGCAGCCAAGGGGGCCAGGGGCUGCAGCUGGGUUACAGUGCAGAGGAGGAUUUCGACGACGGCUAUGUCCAGGAGGAUACAGGCGGGGACAACGAGGAGGCCGAGGAGGCUCAGGCGGAGGCCACGCUGGGGCGGGGGCUUGCAGCAGGUGGGGAGGGCUCGGGGCUGUCCGCCGCAAGUGCUCAUUCCCGAGGCUCCGGGUCCGGGUUGAAAUAUGGUGGGCUCAGCGGGGGGCCCAGCAGUGCAGCACGAAGCGGCCGUGGCUCGCCCUCGCCACACGAGGGUGAAGGCGAGAAGGAGCACGAGUCAGCGUCGGGGUCGAGGUCAGGGUCAGGCUCGGGCCGUGGGUCUGGAUCAACAUCAGAGGUCGAGCCUGGGGAGGACGAGUGGCAGGCUCGCAAGCACAGGCUGGCGGCACAAGGCAUGCUGCCUGCGGCUGAGCUGGCACCUGAGGAGUGGGCUCGCAUUGGGCCGCCGCAGGACGCCACCGACGCGGCCCAGUUUGUGGCGCGCAGCUACACGGUGGAGAUUGACAUGGAGCCGCAGACCUACGUCACCAAGAGGGUUGCGCGGCCCGACAUCUGGCACAUCAGUAAAGCAGAGAUGGCACGGCGCCAGGCGACCAAGGAGGCGGUGGCGUUUGCCAUGCAGGCGGAGCGACGGCGGGAGCUGGAGGAGGCAGCGCUGGCGGCCCAGCAAAAGAGCAUGGCCCGCAGCACACCGACAGGCCCCAGGUACAACGAGUUUGGCGUGCUCACUGAGCGGGCCAAGUCGCCUUGUGUGCGGCCUCGCUACCUGGACUGGCACCCUGAGUGUGUGGGUGGCCUGACACACCAGCAGCGCCUGGCUGCAGAGGCGGAGGCGGAGCGGAAGCGCCGGCCACCUGGUAGCAGCGGCAGCCCGGCGGGCAGUGCGGCGGGUUCCCGCGUGUCAUCUGCGAUGCCGCAGUACUCGCAGCAGCAGCAGCAGCAGCAGCAGCAGGCGAGGGGGAGGUCCAUGUCCGCCACAGCCACCAUGGUGGCGCACCUGCCGGCACCCAGGUUCCACGGUGGCUCUGCCGUAGCGAUGGGUCAUGAUGACUUCGUGGUGGACGACACCAGUGAGGGGCCCAACGCGCUGGAGGAGCUAAACACAGCCGCCGCCGGCCUGCACGGUUGGCGGCGCGGCCUCCACUCCGCCGCCACGGCCGCAUCCGCCACGCAUCAGACCAGCACCAUGCGGCCUCUGUCGCCCAUGUCGCGGCAGCGGCGGGUGCAGUCCGCACUCGUGGGGCCGCACUAUUUCACGCCACAACCCAAGCCGGAAGAGGUCAGCGAAGGUUACUACGCGCAAAUGCUUCGCGAGCAGCGCAAGUGGCUCAACGCGCCCGCGCAGCCGCCCCGGCCGGCAUCUGCAGCCGUUGCCGCCCCGCCGCCUGCAUCAAAGCACUACGUGCGACCCAAGUCGGCGGUGCCGGCGCCUGACGGCACGGCGCCACCGGUACCUUCACGCGUGACUGCGGCGGCUGCUGCGGCGGCUGCAGCCGCGGCUGCGGCAGCGCGACCAAGCAGCGCCUUGCGGACGGUGCUCCAUUCCAGGCGGGAUCAGCCGUCGCCUUAUGCUGCUUCUGCUGGUGCACACGUGGCACGGUCGAGGCCGCAGUCUGCUGCCGGUGGCGGUGCGCGGCCCUGGUCUGCAGCCUCAGGCGCUCCCGGCGCCUUGGGGCAUUUGGGGUCAGGCGGUCGCACCCAGCAGCAGGCAAACACAGAUCGCCUGCCCUGGGAACAAAAGCAAGACGCUACGCAUGGCGGGUACCUGCCACAGAGCGCAGGAGACUGGAGCUACGGUCCGGGUGGGCGCCGCAGCCGCCCUGCCAGCGCAGGGCCCAUUGCAAGAGAGCGGUCGGUGGUGGAGGGCGAGAUGUUGCCCAGGGGCGAAGGCACGGGUGAUGGCUCGGGGCAAGGGGAAAAGUCCACGCCCCGCAAGUUCGCAUUCUCGGACGAGAGCCAGAUGUAUGGGCAGAUGGUAAACGGUUACCGCAGACGGUAGCCACUAGCAGAUGCAGGCGGUGUUGUCGUGUGUGCCGAAGUUGCAUGAGUCUAGAUAGACUAUCGCUGCGUUGACCUGCCGGAGCUACACACACAGCGGCGUGGGUGGCAGGCACAGGCACACAGAAAUUGUCAUCGUGGGCGGAAGUUGGAACUGUACACGAAGUACUGCGCAUGGGGCCAUUGAAGAGUGCGUGACGCUCGGGUCACGCACGUGCGAGUCCAUAUCCAUGCAUAGAUGGUGAAUGAAGUUGUCCUAACUGAUUGUGAACAAGAACUGGUCCCGUUGCCACCCUGCGCGCUAACGGCCCAUCGCCACUCCGCCUCGCUCUCCACGUCGCCCCCAGCCGAACCACGCCAGGGCGCCGUAGCGCUCUGCGGCGGAGCUGUUUACCACUGCCGCCAAGUUCCUGGAGAUGGUCUUGCGGUAGGCGCUGCUCACUCGGGGCCGGCGGCGGCAGGCCUGGAAUGCGUGGUUGGUCAGGCCAUCAAGCGAGCAGCCGAAGUAGACCAGGCAGGUGACGCACAGGUGCAGGCAUCGCUCGAAGAUGCGUCGGUCUACCACGCGAUUGCGCCACCCGCGCCAUCCUACUACCCGCCGUGCUAGGCGGUCUCGGGAUCGGCUCACUCCGGGAAGAAUACGUGCAGAGAGCCUCGAGGCUACUUGUAAUCUCGCUCAACG